AUGGCUCCAGAUUCAGAGCCACCCGCCCCAGGCCUCCAUCGCAGCUGUAUCUUCUGUCGCGCUCGCAAGAUCCGCUGCUCCGGUGGCACCAUUUGCACUGCUUGUCGCGAGCGCAAUAUCAACUGCAUCUACAGCCCCGAGGCCCGCAAGGGACGCCCCCGACGGAGAGGCGCCAGCUCCUCCGAUGCCCAGGGCCAGCCACGGAAGCCUCAACGCCGUCGUCUCGUAUCCUCUCCGCCUUCUCCAGCUGGUGCUGCCUCUCCAGCGGCGUCUGGGCCAGUGACUUCUGCUUCUGCCGGUGCUUCGCGAGCACCGUCGCCGCAGCCAGUUGGGGGUGAUGCGGACCAGACAUUGGGCCAUGAGCUCGAGCAGAUGUUUCACGAGUACUUCAUCCGGAAGAAUGGCUCCCGAUCGAACCUCUUCCAGGACUCGAUUGCCUCCUUCCAGCGGCACAUGCGUAAGCCUAGCCCUGGACAUACCUCGCCGCGGCCAAAGCUGAGCUACGAUGGGAUGUUGUCCUUUCUCGCGCAUGAAAUGGUUGAGAUUCUGCUUCUGCGGUUUGGGCAGCUGGGCUGUGAACAACCGGAGAGCACGCACCAGUAUUUCUACAUCGCCUCGCUGGCGGAGGAGACGACGCCGAGCAUGUUCGACCCUGCUCGCCGCCAGAGAGGUCCCCUUGCGGCUUUAGGAAAACACCGCGUCGUGCAGAUGGUGCAUCUCUGGUUCAUGAUGCAUCCCCUGUCGCCGCUGGUCUCCAAGACGCUCCUCCUAGAUGCGAUUCAAGACGAAACAGUGGACGAGGCACUCCUGGCAGUCAUUCUAGCGGAUGCGUUCCAGGCUUUUGAUAGCAGUGAUGGUCAGAGUGGGAGUCUCCCUGAAGAAUCUCCGCAGCUGCUGGCGCACUUUGCUGCGUCCCAGCUGAGACAUCGGCCUCUGUCGCAGAUUGAUACCGCGCCCAUCUCGACAGUGCAGGCAUUGAUACUCCUAGGCUGGAGGGACCUCGCUCAAGGUCUAGCUCGACGCAGCACCUGUUAUAUCGGGUAUACAUGUCGCAUCAUCUCGCGGCAGUAUCAACGUCGAAAUCGUAGUGACGGCGGACCGGAGAGUAUGAAGCUGAACGGGAUAGACAUUGGACAGGUCGACCAGGAGAUCCUGCAGAACAUCUACUGGCUGUGUCUUUCCACGACGACCUGGGCUUUUAUGCAAAUCGACCAGCCAUUCACCCUCCUCCUGCCGGACGAGAUUCCCGACUUCCCCAGCCUCGACGAGACAACAUCAGCAGCGCUGCGCCUGGACCGGGCGUCCAACAACAUCUCGACCCUUCCAUCGCAAGUUCAGGCCAUGCGCUGGCUGUGGCCAUUGAGCCAUAUCACUAGCACCGUUGCCCAUAUUUACACCAUCUACCUCAACGCCCCUACCGAAGAGCGCAAGGUCAAGGCCGCCCCAUGGCAUAUCCGGCACAUCCACCAACUCCACCAGCUCCUGCGAGCUCGGUUCGAACCAUCAAAUCUCUCCUUCGAAGUCCGGGCUAUCCUAAUCCAGGCCAUCAAGCUGGUCGAGCGAGAAGUCACAACCCCGCACACCCAGUUCUUCCUCUUAACUUCGUACUACACCAUCAUCGUCCACAUGCUCUUCUCCCCUGAACAACGGGCACCCCCGCCAGUUACACCCUCCACCAUCCAAGCCCUGGGCGAGUGCAUCUCCGCUGUCCUCGCAAUCGCCGCAGGCGUCCCCUCCCUCCCAGCAAGCCCCGUUCCAACCCAAGCUUCCUACGGGAAUAGAGCUCUAGCACUAUGUCUCGACGCCUGCAGCCGCGCCCUCGUCCGCCUACAUAACCAAUGCCAACACAACUGGCAACAAACCGAAACCCGAAAUCCCAUCCCUGGACUGACCAAACUCGCCGAGCACGCCGAGCGCGCACACAAUGUCUGCAAAUCCGACUUCCUAGGCCAACACGCAUCCAUCCUACGGCCGGCAAAGAAGCGCUUGAAAUGGGUCAAAUCCGCCCUACACGCCCUGGCCUCUCCAUCAACCUCUACCUCUUCUAUAUCGGAUAUAAACGAGAUGGCAAACGCGGCCUUCCUCUCUUUAACCCCGCCAACAAAUUUCCCCCUCCCAUUCGAUAGGACGGGUGAUCUGGAUCUACCCCUUGGAUCAUCAACAACUUCACUAUCGGACCUCAUGCCGCCGUACCAUCUCCCCCCGCCACUCGAAAUCCCAGACCCGGGCUUCUUCUGCGAUGAUCCAGCCCUGGAUUCUUUACUGGGGUUCCCGGGCAUAGCCCGCGCAGCAGAUAUAUACCCGAGGGCAAGCGAUAGCUCAUCCUCGCACAUGUCGCUAGGUACGCCUCCGUCAGCGCAUGACGGCCGUGCGUUUGGGGUGGAGGGGGAUAUGAACACGGCCACUAGUGCUAGUGCUAGCACGGCGCUGGCGGAUUUGUUCUUUCUCAGCCCGGAUCUGAAUUCGCCUGGUUUGGAGGGGUUGUUGAUGAAUGGUAAUCCGUUUGGGGCGGUGUCUAAUCCUGCGAUGGCCGGGGCUGGGACUGGGACUGGGACUGCUCCUGGAUCGGGCUCUGAGAGGAUAGCUGGGGGUGGGGGGAAUGCAGGGCCAGGACAGUAUGAUUUUAUGGGCGAUCUUCAGAUGUAG